AUGAAGCUGCUGACCCACAACUUGCUGAGCUCCCACAUGUGUGGAAUGGGGCCCCGGGGCUUCCUGCUGUGUAUCCAGGCCACCAAGAUCUGCGUGAGCCCCGUGGACUUCAACCCAGACUUCGUGACGUGCAUGAUCCCCAAGAUGGAGUGGGCAGCGCUGGUGGAAGCAGCCAAGAGCCUGGGACACCUGUCUGAGCUGCCCCAGCAGCUGGCAGAUGGCUAUGAGAAGGAUGAAGAGUUUCUGAGGAAUGUGCACCACCUCUUGUUAGAGGUGGAGGUGGUCAAGGGCACCCUGCAGUGCCUUGGUCCCCAUCAGCCGAGGGAUCCCCAACAUGCUGCUGAAUGA